AUGCAAAGCCUCCAAGCAUCCGGAGCCCUCAAAGAGGAACCACAGGCAGCAGCAGCAUCCGAAGACCCUCAAAAGAAGCGUAAAGCCGGCAAGCAGCCCGAAACCGCCGACGAGCAGCCGGAGAAGAACAAGCGAGCCAAGCCAGCAGCACCGGAGCCUGUUGAUUCCGAGGCUCCCGACCCGAAGGCAAAGGCCAAAUCCAAAAACAAGCCCGGUCGCCCACGCAAGAACCCCGAUGCUGAGGAGGAGAAGCAACCGAAGGCCAAAAAGGCAGCCAAGGCAAAAGCAGCGAAGACUGCUCCCGAGGGCAAGGACGGUAAGAAGGAUGGGAAGGCCUCAGGCAACAUAAAUGAGAAGGAGGAGGAGGAAGAGGAGCAGGAGCUGAAGGGCAAUAUCCCUGAGGAGGCCUCAGGUGACUCAAGGCACCCAGGCCCGAUCCUGGAAGAUGAAAGCUUAAAGGGGAAGGAGAAUGAUGAGGAUAAGGAGGAGGAUGUGGAUGGAGAGGCAAUGGAAGAGGAAGAGGAAGAGGCGGAGGAGGAUGAGCCAGCAGCACCCCCGCCUAAGCCAGCCUCAGGAGCAAGCAAGACCAAGCAAAAUCCAAAUCCAGCCCCAGCCAAGACAACGACCCCACCGGCAGGAUCCGAGGCUAACACUGCAGGCCCAACCACAACAACCUCCGUGACACCGAAAAACUUGGAAAAGCAGUUCGAAGACGAGGCAGCUGGGGAGCCCAAAGAAUCCUUCAAGCUGAAGCGGUCCUGCAGGACUUUGCUUCGAGGCAUCAAAAUCACGGACAAGAUGGCCGAUGGAGGCCGCCUUGCCUCGCCCCAGCCCAGCAAGGAGGAGAAUAUCGCUGAUUUGCUUGAGGGGAUGAGUGACUCCGCCUCACAAGUCGUGGUGGAGUCUGCGAGCAAGGAGCAGAUGGCGACUAUGUUUCAAGAGCUUCUUGCAAAAAAUGCUGAGAUGAAGAAGGCCCUGGCGGCUGUGGCGCCCGAUCCAGAUGCUAAGGGCAAGGAUGAUGAGGAUGUCAAAGCAAUCGCGAAGGAGUUACAAACACAAAUAGACAAUCCGGAGGAGCAGGAGCCGCAGCACGGUGAUGAUAAAGAAGCUGAAGAUGAUGGAGAAGAUGAUGAAGAACAGAAUGGUGAGGAGGAAGAGGAGGAAGAGGAAGAGAAUACAUCAACCGUCACGCCAGCCCCGAAAGCAAAGCCACCUCCUGCUAUCACCCCGUCGCCCUCGGCGACCCCGGCCCCUCAUGCAGGCGACGAUGACUUGGGAGAGUUCGCCCUAGCGAAAAGCACGACCCACCGCAAGGAAUGGAUGGCAUUUGGGAGGAGAAUGGAGUGUGACGAUGCACCCAGAAAGUUUCCACAACUCUCCCAAAUUUGGGACAGCAGUAAAGAGGACAAGCUGAAGGUUUUCCGCAAAUGGCUCGCCGCUGAGAAAAACUUUGAGAAGACAGAAAACAUCAUGGUGCUUCAGCGGGAGAAAGAAGAGAAAGGAAAACGUGAGUGGGAAUGCUUGACUAUCGGGGAGAUGGUUGAAAGGCCGAAGAUUGAGGCGGCUGUUCGGAAACCGAACAACGCCGUUCCCGACGAAGAUUGCCCUGACGACCCAGCAACCCCCGAGAUGGCAGAUGCCAUGCUGGGCAAUCCUCCUAUGGCAGCUGUCAGGGCAGGCUCGGGUCUUCCCAAGGAAGUCAAGAAGGAGCUCAAUGCUGCUUCAGUGGCCCUGGACCUUCCGAAGCGCCACGAGCUGCGACUCAAGAUGGAGAAGCAUGAAUCCGAACUGAAAAAUCAGCUUGAGCUGCUGAAGGAGUUCGAGGACCUAGAUGAAGAGGACGAUCAGCGUGAAGCCCUAGCCGCAGUCGAGAUUGCCGAGAACAUUGGCCGUGGCUACACCUCCAUCCGGAGUGCUGGUGGGAUCGGAGACAUUUAUGAUAGCGACUUGCUCAGGAAUCUCAGGGAGCCUGAUGUGCACAACAGGGCUAGGAUGCAAACAAUCUUGGACACGGGCCAUCUGCACACUUUGGUUCUCAGACUGCACGCCUUCGUCACGGCUUUCCGCGGCGACUGGAAGGCCCUUAAGCAGGUGUUCAACUUUGACAGAUACGCCGACCGCGACGAGAUCUGCUGGAUGUGCUGUGCAACAAAAGGCCUAGAUGCCAACAGUUUGCACCUUGGUUACACCAACGUGAAUCCCGAUGCGCCAUACUGGGAUACCAUGUAUCAAAAGCCACCCUGGCGAUUUAUGCCCGCCUAUACAUCCAUUUCUGGUUUUCACUUGCGAUUGAUCCAAGUAGAUUUGCUACAUGUAUGGCACCUUGGAACUGGACGGGACCUCGCUGCAAGUGUGAUAGUUUAUAUCUUGAAGCGGAAAGGCCAAUCCUACUCAAUCUUGGCGGGCGACAAUAUACCGGACCGGCUUGCCGACGCAACAAGUAAGCUGAAGGCUUUUGCUAAGUCGCGGAAGCUGCCUCUUGCGCUGCACAAGCUUACGAAGAACAAGCUGGGGAUGAAAAGUAAAACAUCCUACCCUGAACUGAUGAGCAAAGGCUACGACACAUAUGUGGUGCUGGAAUGGCUACAGACUUUGUGUGAGGCCAACCGCGACCUUCUGCCCCGCGAGCUUUGCACUGCAGUUUGGUGUGCAACACACGUGAUGUCCAUGCUACAUAAUGCCGAGAAACAGCUGACUGUGGAGCAGCAACGCAACAAGGAGUUUUUCGGCCAGCUCUUCAUGAAGAGUUACAGGAUGAUGGCCCAAAAUAUGUUGCAGGAUCGCGAGACGAAUCCUGCAAACUACUCCACCUGGAUGGAUGAGGAUUCAUUGAAGAAGCUCAUGAGGGUGCUGAAGAUGACUAGCUGUCAGACAGCAGAGCAGAGGCUUCUGGAAAGGUGGUUGCUGGCACUGCCGGAGGUGUGGGCGAAGGAGUGUGGAAAAGCUGAGUCCGCGGCAUUCGUCGUAGACCAGGGCUAUGGCAGCCCCGGGAACUUUUUGUCCGAACGCUUGGCCCUGCAGUCCAGUCGAGACGAGUUCGCUGCCUGGCUCGAGACCCAGGUCGGCAGGAACCGCGCCGUCGACUACCUCAAAUGGCAAGGAGCAGACCGAGGCCAGGAGGACCAGGCCCCGGUGUUGACGGUGGAGAUUCAGAAGUUUGCCUUUGAGAACUGCAGCCGCAAUGGGCCCGUCCAGCUGCACAAGGCCAUGCUGCUCGUUGAUCAGUAUCAUGUGGACGGUUUCUUGACGAAGCUGGAGCCCGUUCUGAUUCGGAAAGCGGCAAAUGGUCCGAGACAUGGCCCUGUCCCGAACUUCGACAUCCUGUAUCUCAAGGGCCACAGCCGUGUUGUGACUCUGAUGGCCUGCCUGGCCUGGGUGAUGAAGGUUUUUCCGAAGCUUGUGCCCAGCCUGCAAGAGAUCCAGUGCAAAGCCAUCCACCUCAGCAACGAGACGGACGAGUUGUUUUACAACUUCAAGAUCGCUUCUCGGGGCUCGAUCCGAGAACCUCCGAGCCCAAUCACCUGGGUCUAUGCUUUGACCUCGCUCAGUGGAGAUAGCUCGUCGGUCAUUAACCUGUGGAACUCGACGAGCACAAGGGCCGACAAAUUGCAGGGCGGAAAAUACUACACGGUCAAGAAUCUCCUCGAUAUGCCGGUGGAGAUGCGAACUGUCGUUUUGAAGGCUGCCAACGACAUGGGCUGGGCAGGCUCGCCUUCGGCUAUGAAGUCUUAG